AUGCGUUCGACAGUAAAAAAAGUUCGUCAAAAACAAUCAACAUCAUUAGUAUCUCAUUCAUCAAUAGAAUUAUCAAAUAUGACAGGCGAUAGUUUUCUAGUUCUAAAUACUGAAUCACUUGAACAAUCCAUAAAAACUAAUGUUGAAUCUGAUGUUUUAUUUAAUUUAUUAACAUAUGCUAAACAAUUAAAUGAACUUAUUUAUAAUGAUGAACGUUUUUCAAAAGAUUAUUUUAAAGAAAUUGAAAAAAAUAUCUCAAAUUCAUCGUCAAAUAAAUUUCUAAAUGAAUUAAUAAAAAUAAUUGAAUUUUAUUUCGAAAAAUAUUUAUUAUCAUCAAUUCAUCUUCGAUGUUAUAUACAAUUACAUGUACCAUCAAAUGAAUCAGGUAAUAAUCAAGGUGUUAAUAUUCAAAAACAAAUUUUAAAAGAAAUUCAAGAAAUGGAAACAAUUAUUGAAGCAAAUGAAAAUUUAUUUUUUGAUUAUUAUAAAAAACAUUAUGAAAUAUUAAAAUAUUUAAAUAAAUAUCCAUUUAUUGAAGAUUAUCAUUUAUAUUUAAUUGAAUAUGAACGAAAAAUUUUCGAUGAUAUACGUUCAAUUCUAUUAGAAUUACGAACUAUUUUUUUAAAAACAUAUGAUAUUAUUCGAAAAAAUUUAACUAAAAUUCAAAUGCCUAGAAAUCAAGAAAAUAUUUCAAUGAUUAAUUAA